AUGCAGUCACAACAGCCAGUAUGCCCCAAGAAGGCAACUUUCAAUGGCGCUGAGGGAGUCUCUAAUGUUUUGGAAUUUGCAAAGCACGUUUUCACGACCCCAGGAGCUCGCAAACCCAAGCACUUCAUCUACGACACAGCCUGCGACGUACGACAGCAGGUUUUGGCAAACAAGGAUGAGUUCUGGCUCCUGGUUGGCAUGUGUGUCGACAUCUACCACCUCCAGAACAAGCACAAGAAAACACAUACAUUCUGUCAAACACACUGCAACCUGGCAGACUACCCCGAGCUCAAGUCAGAAGACGGCAGCGGAUGGUGGUUCAACACCUCCAUUGCUGAGCAGUUUCUUCCUCAAUAA